GAGCAAGUGCUCAACAGGAAGGUAAAGCCCCACAGUUCCAGGAACAUGGUGUGAAGGUUCAGCAGUCUGAUGGUCAACAAGGACCAUGAGGCAUGAUGGGCACAGAUAUUGAGCACUACAGCUCAAGGGUUUGUGUCAGUUUCAUGGCAUUUUUCUUACAGCUAUCCUACUCUAGGGCAAAUGGACAUAUGCAACAAAGCAUGACAGAGGUCCUUGUGAUCACAAUUCGAGGAUCAAUGAUGGACUAUGAACGAGCGAUGGUGACAGUGAGAAGAGAAACGACAACGACGACAGUGCUGGAUGCAGAGCAAUGGCCAUGCGAGGCUGGAACAGCCGUCCUAUGAAGACAGGCCAUGACAAGCACAGAUACUGAGCUCGAUGGCUCAACGGUCUGCUUAGAUUUUAACACGUUGUGCUUAC